CAGCUGGUGAUUCAGGUCUGAGCUGCAGCAGAACAAUGCAAUGAUCACUUCUCCACAGCAUAUGCUGAAAUAAUCAACUAAUAGAUAUGAAAGGACCAAUGCCUGACUGGUUUAUGUGUUUCUAAAUGUUGAUGUGAGGACAGACUGGUCCUCUGAACAGGUGAAUCCAGGCAGACUGGUCCUCUGAACAGGUGAAUCCAGGCAGCAGCAGCAGGGAGGAUGGGAGGAGGAGGACAGCAGACUGAGCCUGCAGAGCCAGGCAGCGGGAAGGCUGCAGGUGUUUACACCUGGGAGGAGGUGCAGAAGCACCGCAGCAGGAACGACCAGUGGCUGGUGGUUAACAGGAAGGUUUAUAACAUCAGCCAGUGGGCCAGAAGGCAUCCAGGAGGCUCUCGGGUCAUCGGCCACUAUGCAGGAGAGGAUGCUACGGAAGUUUUUGCGGCUUUUCAUCCGGAUCAAAAGUUUGUGCAGAAGUUUCUGAAGCCUUUGCUGAUUGGAGAGUUGGUGGCGACGGAGCCAGACCAGGAUGGGAACAAAAAUGCGGAAAUCAUCCAGGAUUUUGAAAAGCUGCGCGAACAGGCAGAGAAAGGAGGACUUUUUCAAGCUCAGCCUUUAUUCUUCUGCCUUCACCUGGGACACAUCGUGCUGCUGGAGGCGCUCACCUGGUUCCUGCUCUGCUACUGGGGAACAGGCUGGAUAAUGACCAUUCUGGCCUCAGUCUUCCUCGCAACUGCUCAGUCGCAGGCUGGAUGGCUGCAGCAUGACUUUGGACACCUUUCUGUCUUCAAGAAGUCCAAAUGGAAUCACCUGGUCCAUAAGUUUGUCAUUGGACAUUUGAAGGGAGCUUCGGCCAACUGGUGGAACCAUCGACAUUUCCAACAUCACGCCAAGCCCAACAUUUUCAGGAAGGAUCCUGACAUCAACAUGAUGGACAUCUUUGUACUUGGGAACACUCAGCCAGUGGAGUACGGCAUUAAAAAGAUCAAACACUACCCCUACAACUACCAACACCAGUACUUCUUCCUCGUGGCGCCACCGCUGCUCAUUCCGGUUUUCUACAACUACAACAUAAUGAAGACCAUGAUUACUCGACGUGAUUGGGUGGAUCUAGCCUGGGCUUCUACCUACUACAUCCGUUACUUCUACUGCUAUGUGCCGCUGUACGGCGUGUUUGGCUCAUUGGCACUCAUGACGUUUGUAAGGUAAACGCAUUGUGAACUCUGACAUGUCAUAGUAGACUAGAUGAAAAAAAUGUUUGGACAGAUGGUAAAAGUUUAACAGGUU